GUGCCGGGGAAGGUGGGCGCAAACAAAUACGGAGAAGAGCUGGAGCUCGCGCUGGCCGGUGACUCGGAUCUUGGCCGGUUUGCGCCGCGCGGGGCAACGCGAGGCGCAGAAGGAAGGAGGGAGGGAAAGAGAGCGGAGAAGAUGGCGGCGGCGGCGUCCUUCCCAGGCGCUUCCGCCAAGAGGCGAGGCAGGUUCCAGCAGAAAAGCCCUUUCGAGGGCUGCCGCGGAGCCCCGUCGCGGCGGGUGUUGAGAGACGCCGGCUCAGGUGGAGUGUGCGAACAAGACGCUCCUUCGGAGGAGGAGGAGAGGGUUUUGCAAGGGGCAACGGGUUAGAGAACUGGGGGUUGCAAAAAACACACACAGCACCCCGCUUAAUUCGGGGCAGGUAGCUUGCUUGCUCCCGAGUAGGCGAGGCUGCGGCUCGGGACCCCGCGCAGCCGGAUCCUGCACCCUCGCAAACGGGACCUGUUGAGUUCGGGAAGGUUUGCGGUGGCGUUUUGUUGCUUGGUUCGAGCAAGCACGAAACUACGGUCCGUUUCCUCCCUGGAGAGUCACUGCACAAAACCCCCCUUUGGGCUGGGAUGCCCCGUCUUACCUCCGCAGUAGCGUUUGGCUGGGAAACAGUCUCAUUUCACGCCUCCUCCCGUUUCCCUGGAAGAAAAGCAGGCCAUCUGGGUCCUCUUUUUUUCCCCCGACACGCGACGGGCAUGUUCAGACGAGGAGCGAGAGGCCGCCGUCGGAAGCGCCGGGGUUGCGCCGCCUCAGUCGGCCGCCAUCUUUCCAGCGGCGGGACCCGACUUUUUAUUUAUGAAGUUCUUUAGGUGCCUUGACGCAAAUGUAAAAACAUAUAUUACCUCGAAGCUCUGCUUGGUCGCCGCUGCCCCUUCGUUUGUGAUGGAGCAGGAUUUGUGUAGGGAUCGAAACAAUGAAAAAAGACUAAUCUAUAGUCGGAAAGUUAGUUUAUUCUGUUAGGUUAGGCCCUCAUCGCCCACAGUUGCUUUAGGUUUGGUUCCCAGCGCAGCGAUUCUUAAAAUACAGAAAACUCGCAGGCUGUUAAAUUAGUGUGGGGUUGGGGUUUUUUUGGAGUCGGGGUGUUUCUUAUCAAUUGUUUUCAGGGCCAUCUGUAAUUAAUGCUAGGCGUUCCUUUAGACUUCUGAAAAACCUUACCUACAAUGGAAGUUGGCCCUGACUUUUAAUUUAUAAGCAUAUGGCAUAUUAUUUUCUGCCUUCCAAACCGUAUCCUAUGCAUUUUUACUCACAAGAAAGUCUUGUGUUUUCAGUGGGAUGCUCAUGUAAGUAGCACAGGAUUGCAGCUUUUGACUUAGGUAGAAUGCAAACCCAGAUGAUUUAUGUGAGGGAGAAGUCAACCAAAGGCAAAACCUGUAAUUUCUUACUCAACAAUGCUUCCAGGUUGCUCUUGUUUUUGGGGGGGACCGGGGGGGGGGGAGUCAGUGCCGGAUUUAUGUAUAAGCUAAACAAGCUAUAGCUUUGGGCCCCCAAAAAAUUUAAAGGGAAAAAAGCUGGAUGUACAUUUCCAAAAUAUAAGAUAAAGACAAAUAAAAUAAAACCUACAUACAGCAACAGUGUUUUGUGUUGUGUAGGCUCCUAUGAUGUAAGUAAUGGACCCCGCCCGCUAGCCUGCUUCCUAAAAUAUCACUGGUUUGCUCAUUUAUAUAUAGGGUGCCUACAUUCUGCAUGGACUGGUUGCAUGGCAACAUGUGCAAAUGGCUUUAGAUACCUAUUAGGUUCAUAAAUUACCAUAUAGCAUAUAUUCAAUGCAAAAAACAGCAACAAUUUGUUGUUGACAAAGGACAGCUGGACAUAUAAAGGGCCCCAUUACCUCCAGUAGCUUAGGGCCUUAUCAAACCUAAAUCUGGCCCAAGUGGGGUAUUUGGGCAAAAUUCAGGCUGUGCAGUUAGUUGAUUGGCAGUUCUUUCACAACAAACCUACUUCCCCAAGAGAGAAAACUUGUUGCAGUAAGGAACUUGAUGAGAAAAUGCACUGGAAAGUGGGAAAACCCUUAAAACAAAUCUUGUGUGACUGCUCAUUGAGUCUCCAAAAUCAUCUAAUCUACCUGUGAACAGAUAAGGUAGGAUGAAUGCUCAAUAAGUACAUUUUCUGGAAGUGCCGUAACUAUUCUGCCUCCCCCAAUUCCUCCCUCCAUCUUGACCAGCCAAAGACCUGCUUUGGAAUCAUGGAAAUCGCUGUUUUCAAACUUCUGUGCUUGUUGUGUUACUCUAAUGUGUGUUAAUUUGUUUUAAAUAACAAGAGCAUUCAUAUGCUAACUUGUUUUUGCGUCUCUUUAUUUUCUUCCUUUUAGACUUGCAGAUUCAGAAUUCCAACAGGGCUGGUGCAUAUGAUAGCUAUACUUCACAAGUAAUUGAUUUGCUUUCUUUGGGGAUAUAUGGGAUCAGGGCAGACUUAAGACUUUCAAAUUUCGGCAGUGCCCUGUGCAAGGCUAAAAUUUGGCACCCCACCUCUUGCCUUCCAUUCUGCUCAACUCACUAUGUCAUAGUUGUGACGCCUGCACUGCCCCCUAGGUUGCACUGCCCUAAAUCUGCCUCUGGUGGGAUACUAACAAAAUUAAACCUGCAGCCAAAUAUUUUGUGGGAGAAUAGCUUAAGAGUACACUGGUAGGACAUUGUCAGUUCUCAUAUUGUCUCUACUGUCUCCUUUCAUGUUCUAUCGCUGACCUGAAACAGAAAUAAAAAUAUAAGGAGCAAUCAAAGAAAGAUUGGAUCCAAUAGUGUUGAGUACUGUAUUGGAAAUUCUUAACUAUGAACUUUUCCAUUCCUUUCUUGUAGGUGACCUUAGAUUUUGAACAAAAAGUCCGUCUUAGGAGUCUGCAAAAAUAUAAAAGGUAAAUCUGAGGGUGUUUUGAUGACUGGAAGCGAAGGGGGAGUUGGCAUGUGGGGCUGAAACAUAUUUAGACUUUAAUAAUAGCUUUUUUAGUAAACAUUUUUUUAUUUCAUCAUUUGGCUCUUAAAAUGCUCUUGUUUACAAGGAAAUCCGUUAAGAUUUUGUUCAAUUGGUGAAAUAUUUAAUAUUCAGUGCUGCUGGGUUCUGUGUGCCGAAGAAACUAAGAAAAUGACAUUUUAGGCUGCUGCAACUUAUUUAUUCUGCCAGAGUUUUUUCUUGACUGCCUGUAAAAGUCCAAUCAACCCAUUUUACCUUUUUGGGCUUUAAUCAGGAUUGUAGUUGUAUGUUCUGUCUCUAAAAAUGUGAGGGUAAAUAGCUUGGUCUUGUUUAAAAAGAAAAAAGUUUGAGGUGACAAUAAAAGGUUAUUAUUUUACAAAAUUUAUUUACUUCAUUGCAGCAAAACUCCUAAGUUUACAAGAAACCUUAAAAUUAUAAGAAAAGUUUAAAACAAUUAAAAACAUUUAUAGAUUAUUAAAAUUAGCAACAAAAAAGAAUAUUUCAGAAGAGCAUGUGUCCUCCCCCCAAUAAGAUUUUAUUAAAGCUUUUUCAUGAUACAGUAAGAUAAAAUAAACCAGUCUAAUUAUAAACAAAAAGAGAAAAGAAAAUACAGUGUCCUCAAAGGUAGCUCUUAACCCUUGUCUCACACAGAAAGUAGUGAACCUGCCCACCUCUCACCUGGGAGCUUUCCUUUUUUCCUCCAGUCUCUCCCUCUGGGAGGUCUUCCCUUCCCUUCCCUCCCCUUCCCUUCCCUGACUCUCACUCAGAGUCCAUCCAUCCACCCACCACCCUCAUGUUUGUGUAAUCCUUGGACCAAUAAUGGCCCAGAGCAGAGGACACGAAAGAGAAGAAAAAAGGAGCGGAAAGAAAAAAAGGACCAUUAUAAAUUACAGUGGUACCUCGGGUUACAUACGCUUCAGGUUACAGACUCCGCUAACCCAGAAAUAGUACCUCAGGUUAAGAACUUUGCUUCAGGGAUGAGAACAGAAAUCUCGCGGCGGCACAGCAGCAGCGGCGGGAGGCCCCAUUAGCUAAAGUGGUCUUCAGGUUAAGAACAGUUUCAGGUUAAGAACAGACCUCCAGAAUGAAUUAAGUACUUAACCAGAGGUACCACUGUAUAACAGUCUUAGAAAUGAUUAAGGGAGACUUUUGCAGAUCCAGUGCCCAUCAGGGCUCUUACAAGGCUUUUGGGCAAGAUGCUGAUUCCUCUUCUUAAAAGUCACUUAACCCCAUCAGGGUUCUCAGGAGCUGACAGCUUCCUGUUCUCUUGAUGCAAAAAACGGCUUUUUCAGAGCACCAGAGGUUAAUCCCCUGUAAACACUUUUUUCCAGACUGAAUUCAAUAGCCAAGAUUUAUGUUUGGCUAUCAUCAAUUGCCACAUAAUUUGUCUGUCGGCAACGUGCUUCCACUGUGUUCCUCCCCUGGAAGUCGGAAGAGCAUGUGUUAUUGAAGGUAUUAUUUUUGUUAAGUAAUAUAACAAUUUGAUUUUUAGGUUUAAUACUCAAAGCAUCAAUCAGCCGAUUAACUCUGCUGACUGGACUCCAGCUCACUAUCUAAGAUCAGAACCAUCUAUUGCAGAUAUGGUAUGUAAACGAUCUUACUCGGUUUUGUGUCUGCUUAGUAAAGUGUGAGUUCAACUAUUUAAUUUCAAAUUAAGUGUAACUAAAUUGGACUAGUGACAAUGACAUUUUGUGAGUUGAAGAAAUAUUUGCUAAACUGUGUUGUUGGACUGCUGGUAAAAAGCACAGCAACAAAAUGGUGCCUUUUUUUGGAAAUCACUGGGGGAUAGAGAAUUAAGAGACCGGAUAGUGAUAUUUUUCUCCAUCAGUUUUGGUCAUUUAAUGUUCGCCACUACUGGUGACACCUGCAAGAAUGUAUUUUGCAGUGUGACAGCCUUCUCUGAUUCUUGCCCCCCCCCCCCAGAUGUGUUGUAGCAUUUGUAGAAAACAUUGCAUUGUCUUUUUUAGCCAUUUACAUAAGUGGAGAACAAUGAUUAUUCAAACUCAUUGUACUCCAUAAUGUGUUCUGGGUUAAAAUGUGUCACCUUGAGAAGAUUUCUCAUUCUCCUGAGAAUAAAACACCUACAUUCAAUAUUUAUAUUACUGUCACUAGAUUUGGGGCAGCUCAGUGUCCUGUUUUAACUUGUUGUUUGGUAAUUGUCGGUUGGUUGUAGUGAACUGAGAUGUCAGCUCCCAACAGUGGAGAAGAGAGCAGAACCUUCAAAGAAUUAAAUGGCUAAAGGAGCAAAAUACUCCUGAACAAAAGAUGCCAAGACUAUGAAACAGCCGCCUUAGAUGAGAGAGUUUCAUAUGUCUGGAUUUUUUGAAAGAAGUGAUUAACAACUCUGCAUUCAUGAAUGAAAAAACAAUUGUGUGGAAAGCUUACAGGGUGUUAGGUUGUGUUUUUUUUUAAAGAAGAAUGAAAUAUGAACUGUUAAAGAAAUAACCUUGUAGUGACUAUACCACAUUAUUCAAUGAUUAUCUAGCCUGAGGGAAUGGAUUCUUGAUUUCUUCUCUUUUGAGAUACCCCGGUUUUAUUUUUAAAAACCCUGUCUGCUACUUGUUGAAAACAACAUACACAUGCAUUUUUUUUAAAAAAAAGAUAAUAAUCAAAAUUAAUUGAAUUACAAUGCUAAGAUGGCCUUUGUUUAAAGCAGCUCUCUGCUAAUUUUAUUGUUACCCUUUUAUUUUCCCCAGAAUAGCAAAAUUCUACAAGAGAUAGAGAAAGCUUUGGAAGUAGCUAAAAACAAUCUUGGGUGGUUAAAGAGUGCGGAGGAGGUAGGCCAAAAGAAUUCUGUGUCUUGGUUUGAAGUAUUUCAGAUUUUAGUUUAUACUGAUGUCUGUUCCAAGAAAUUCUUUCUCUAACAAUACUUCAGCAAGGUGCUAUAAAAUUUAAUGUCAGCUCAGCUCCAGGUGUCCUUGGAGGAUACCAGUUAUUUUAGAUCUUCACUCUGGCUUCUUUCUGGUUUUGAAACAGAACUUCAUUGGUUGCCCUGAACCCUCCAGAGAUCUUCGGAUUAUUACUAAAAAUGCUUCGAAAUGAGCAAUGAGAAUGGGUCCCUGUGGCUCUCCUGGACUUUUCACUGGCUUUUGAUCCCAUCCAUCAUAGCAUCCUCCUGGAUCUCCUAGCUGGGAGGGGAGGCAUUGUACUGCAUUUGGUCCUGGUCCUUUUUGAAGUGUAGCUCUCAGAAGGUGGUGUUUGGAGCUUGCAGUGGCAAGCCUAAGGUAUCUGUAUGAAACCACUGCAGAGGUCAUCCAGAAAUCUGGAAUGCGAUGUCAACAGUAUGCUGAUGAUAGUUCUAUGUCUCCUCUAUCAUUGGGAGCCUGGGAAAAUUCUGGGACAGCAUUUGCGAUUGACUAUAUGAGGUUGAAUAAAAUUGAACCUUAGUGCAGACAGGCUGGAAGUACUGUUGAGAAUUAGUCUGAAGCAGGAUAGAGAUACAGCAUAUAUUGGAACAGAGUUGCAUAUACCCAUAGGAGACUGUAUUGUAGUCUUGGGCUUCAGGCUGCAUCUUGAUGUUCAGGUAGAGACUGUUGUCAAGAGUGUAUUUUACCAUUUUAGACUGGCUUAGCAGCUUUGUGUUUUCCUAGAGAAGACUGCAGCCACAAUAAUUUAUACCCUAACAUCCACAUUAGUUCUAAAUCACAAUUAUGUAUUAAUAUUUUCUGCCUGCUCUUUACCAUAAGGUUCCAGGGCUAGCUACAACAAUAUAGUAUACAUAUAUAGUAUACAAUUAUUAAUGCAAAUAAAAUGGUUGCAAUCAGUACAGUACAGAUUCAGGAAAAGAGAUUGGGCCCCGCAAUAUAAACACCUUAAUUGUCAAAUGCCAGGGGGAGGUGGGCCUUCAGUAUAGCUAUGCAACAAAGAUGUCUGAUGCACCUCUGUGGGGUGGAAGUUUCCCAGUUUAUGGGUUGCCAUAGAUAAAGGGCCCUCAUUUCCUGCACUCCUGUGGGUGGUGGAACUAACUACCUAGAGAGUCUGAAGGGAUGGAGGUGGUCUUUCAGAUAUUUGGGUCCUAAGUCAUUUUAGGGCUUUAAACACCAAUGUAUAGAUGGAAGCUGGAAACAUGGUGCACAGUGCCACUUGCCAGGGUGUUAAAUAAGGAAGGCUGCUUUAACAAUUGUACUGUGUUGGAGGGCUUGUUUUAAAGGUUAAAACCAUCCUAUGCUGUGUUUCCCUUCUGGGCAGCAUACUGAGGCCCCAUACCAGUGAUGGGUAGGACCAGAAACAAAAGUAGGCAAAACAAUUAAAUUUUACUUUUGUGCAACAGUGUUCAUACACCCUUCUCUAGCCUCCAUUCAGACAAGCAAGGGCACAUUCCAGCCAGGCAGAAUCAGGGCUCAUGGGAUAGUUCCAGGGGCCAGAUAGAGUGGCAUGGGGGCCAUAUUCAGCCCCUGGGCCUGAGUUUCCCAACCAUUACCUUAAAUUCUCUGGGUCUGCAAUACUUUAUUUUAUUUUAUUAUUUUAUUUUAUUUAUAUACUGCCCUAUACACAGAGGUCUUAGGGUGGUUCACAGGAAAUAUCACAAUAUAUAAAAUAAAAACAAAAACAAGGGAGUACUGGCAUCCCAUUUGAACAGACCUGCAUAUCAUCAUCAUCAUCUUCCAUUGAAGCCCCGGAUGCGCUAGCCAUAAAAAAAAAUAGGGAUUGGACUUUCUCAGAGGUAGCACCAAACUUUGGACCUUCCUCCCUAAGGAAGUUUGUCUUGCUUCUUUGCUUUUCCAAUAUAGGGCUGUUCUGAAAAGAGAUUUUGUCUUCAGCAUUGUAUUAACUGUGACUGUACUGUAGUCCUGAUCAUUUUUUACCAGUUGUAUUGUGACUUAAAUAAUACUGUGAGCAGCCUUGCUGAUUCCUGAAUCCAAAGGCAGAAUAGAAAUCAUUUCAUAACAUUAAUAAUUUCUUCUGCAUUGUGCACCAUUAACUGAUGUUUUUGUGUGUUGUCCAGUGAUGAAGGAAUACUUAAAAGUUGCUGGAGUACCUUUAAACAAUUGGGUACUAAUAAUCAUUUGCUCAACCUUAUAUGUUACGUAUCAUCCUUGUAGUCAUUAUAAAAUAUGAACCUCAACCUUGUAUUCUUGUACAUCACUACUUCUCAACUACUGCCACCAUGUGAGAGAAAAGGGGAAGGUUGUUCCUGAAAGUUAUAUUCUGCUUUUAUUAUUUGUAAAUCUAGUUCUGCUGGCUAUAGAGCACAUACAGAAUUACAGGUUGUUGUUUUGUCACUCCCCCCCCCCAAAAAAAAUGAAAAAGAUGCUUGAGGAUUUGAUCACCGAAGCAAAAGAAGAAGAAAGCAAGAUUGCAGGUGUUAUUAAUGACACGUUUUCAGAUAUUAUUGCUUCCGUAAAUUCAAGGUAACCUGGUUUAAAGCUUUUACUUUGAUGUUAAUAAUUUAUCUGAAAAGUAUUACAUAACUAUAAUAAUGCAGAUUUCUGUGUGGCAAAAUGUUUAGCAAAAUGCCAGCUUCUGUGACGUGGGAGGGACUAUAUGUAGCAGGAGUCCUGGAAGGACACAGGGAAUCUGUGAGCUCAGAUCCAUUGCUUACCCUACCAUGGAGUUGCUAUCGGCAAAGACUUGACCAUCAAGUUUCAGGGUAGAUUUUUGCCUUUGCUGUAAUUGUCCUUUAGUGCAAUACUUUUCUGAAUGCCCAUAUGAAUUAAAAGGCAGUUGCAUAUUCAAAACAAGAAUUUUUCAAAACAUCCACCUUCUAAUUUUCCUCCUCUUGCACCUCUCUCUCUUUUUUCCCUAUGAUUUUUACAGUUUCAUUUCUACUAAAGUUGUUGUUUGGAGUGCUAUGGAUGCUUGCAGCUUGCACGUCUUGUGCCCUUGAGCAUUUAGAAUGUGUUCAGCAUGAAGAGCUGGCUGUUAAGGAUGCAUUUUUGUGUGGUAUAUGCAGUAUCAGUCAGUUGCUUGUUAUGAGGACAAUAGGUGAUAGUUAUCCAGCAUUAAUCAUACUCAAGAAAUCCAUUGAGUGCACUCAUUGUAGUGGAUCUACUCUUGAGUAUGUCUUAGUUGGUUAUCGCCCAGUAAAUAUAAAUCUGGCGUUUUCUGUAGUUUGUAAUUUUAAUAUCGCCAAAACCUUAUUUUUAACGUGAGUACUGUAUGUUUGUUUUAUAUAGUUUACUAUUCAGAGUUAUUAUUUGUAACGUGAUCAACUUUUUCUGAGGUCUGAUUUUCUUUGUAUUCAAUUAGGAAAAGGAAACUGGAGACAGAACUGAUAAUGAACACCAGUUACUAUAUAACUGAUAUACAUAGUGUUCAGUUAUCGGUUAUGCAGAAAAUAAACAGUUUGGAUGGAGCCAUAAAAAUGGCAAGGGAGAUAAAAGCAACCCAUUCCUUAAAGCCUUGCCAUAAUUUAAAUCAGGUAACUUUAAUAUUAAAUCAUUUGAUUCCUUAACUUUCCUUCUGGGUAUGUAUGUAUGUAUUUGAAAGUUUUAUAUCCUAUUUUCAGGAAACAUAUCUUUUCAAAGCAGUUCUCAGUAAUACAACCACAAUUUUCAACAACCAGAUGACAACAGUGCAGCUACUGCAGAGUUGUCAAGCAUUGCUGGUAGCCCAACAUUUUACAUUAGCUUUUUUUUAUCAAUUAAGCAGAGGAAUUGAACUCAUUUGCUUAUUGUGGUAACUUGCAAGCCAAUGAAGUCUUCAUAUAGCUGACUGAAAACAAAAACAACACGUCUUUAAGCAAGUGGAAAUAAUGAACUUUCUCCAUUAGUCUUUAAUUUCUCAUGUCAGAGCUGUCAUGAGAAGAUUUUUCCUCUUUGGCUUGGUUUUUAUUUUUACUGAAUUGUUUUUUUACAGAAAGCAUUGUCUUUUUGAUGAAAAGUCACAGCAGUUUAGUAUGAUAGAAGCAUUCAAGGUAGGAUCAUUUGAUUUAGGUCUGUAGCCUCAGCUAGUUUUUCAGGGUUCUUUUGGUUCCUUUAUUCCUAAAGCCACUGCACAUUUUCAUAGAUCUUAAGAGCUUACCAUUUUUGUCCCAACCCUUUCCAUCCCUCUGAAAAGGCAUGGCAGAAGCUGGAUGUGCACAGAGUACUUAAAAUACAUAUACAGUGGUAGCUCGGGUUACAUACGCUUCAGGUUACAGACUCCGCUAACCCAGAAAUAGUACCUCGGGUUAAGAACUUUUCUUCAGGAUGAAAACAGAAAUCGCGCGGCGGCAGCGGGAGGCCCCAUUAGCUAAAGUGGUACCUCAGUUUAAGAACAGUUUCAGGUUAAGAACAGACCUCCAGAACAAAUUAAGUUCUUAACCCGAGGUACCACUGUAGACAGAUUUUAGGCAUUCACCCCCUUUUACACCACGUCCUCAGAGAAGUACAGUGGUACCUCCGUUUACAAACAGCCCUGUUUGCGAACAAUUCAGUUUAUGAACUCCACAAAACCGGAAGUAGUGUUCUGGUUUGUGAACUUUACCUUGGUCUGCAAACAGCACUGAUGGCAGGAGGCCUCAUUAGGGAAAGCGUGCCUCGGUUUAAGAAUGGGUGAAAGGAACGGAUUAAGUUCGUAAACCGAGGUACCACUGUAGUUUCAAGGUUCAUCCUAGCCAUUUCAAGACUUAUUUCUCUACAGCAUAUUAGGCUUGGCAUCUGCCUUCACCUCUCCUAAGUCAUGCUUGACCAGAGCAACGGCUACUUCUGCAGCCUUUCCACAAUCAUCCUUUCUGAAAUCUUUAGGGCAGCAAUGUGGGCACCAGCCAGGACUUGUUUCCUUUGAAAUUGUUUCCUUUGAAAUCAAAUGGGACAUCACUAACUUCACGCUAACUCUCCAGUGUUCAAGACCACGCUCAGCUCCCAUUAGUUGCUAUAUUUUACUGUAAAUUAAAUUAGGAUGUUCUUAUUCUAGGUUCUCUGCAACUUAAAAAUGACUUUGGAGGAAGACGUCUUAAAACUAGAUCAUCUGAAAAAAAGAGCACUUCCAAGGUAAACAUUCGUAGAAUUACUUAGUGUGGAUAGCAGAGUUACUGCAGCUUUAAAAAUAUUGCCUUACAGCACCUUUAAAAAAAACCAUACUGAAUUUGUAGAACUGAUAAAUAAAAUUAAGAGUUGCAUAUACUUCACUCGACCCUUUGCAGGAGGUCUGGAGUUCAGCAUGUUAUAUGGGGGAUCUAUCAGCCUGGUGCACUAGAAAUGUUUUGGACUACAACUCUCAUUAACUCCCAGUGAACAUGCAGAUCGCCCCCUCCUCAGCCCUUAAAUUGAUGGCUUGAUAACCGGAAAAUGGGUGGUCCCCCUCCCAUGUUAGCUGACAUGCAUAAAUUAACUGAGUGGGAGUGUCUCUGCAUGCGCACACAUGCCCAUGUACAUACACUGGUGGCCACACCCACUGCUGGCAUGCAGCUCCCAGAGGUUUGGCCAAAGGUGAAUGUCUGUGGUUGAGCCAAAAAAAGGUUACCCACCAUGCCUUAUAGAGAACCUUCACCUAUAUACCCCCUCCUGGAUUCUGAGAGCUUGGAGAGAUGAUCCCAUCAGAUUUCCACCUUUUAGGGAAUAAGUUCUACUUAUGCACAGGGCAGGUCAUUUUCGGUAGCGUCAGUUAAUCUAUAAAAUAGGACUCACUAGAUACGCUUGGCAGUCACCACAACACUGCCAAUUUUGGCAUUUCACUGGAUGCUUUAAAACAUUUUUUAAAAGCCAACCGGGAAGUCCUUUAGAGCAGGAGUUUCUUAAAUGGUUUUUACUGUUAACGCUUUUUAUUGCUGUAUUUACUUGUGGCAUACAUGGUGGUGGUUAUCACGUGUUUUUGUUUUUUGGGAGUAAUUCUGAUUGUGGGUUUUUGCAGUUUAAAUCUGAUUGUGAUCUUGAGGCAUUAACAUACAAUUGUGCUAUGAAUGUAGUAGAUUUAUGGUGCUAAAAAUUGCUGUUGUCCUGAAUGAAUUAUUGUGGUUGCAAACAAUUGAACCUCCUGUAUAUCUAAUAUAGGUUUCACAUGGACUCUGAAAAGAUUACCCCCAUGUUAGAAAACCUGGGGAAUUUUUUCCCUGAUACACCUAACAUGUAAGUACUUCUAUUUUGGUGUUAGCUUUCCUAAUAUAAAAAGGGCACUUUCAGGUUUAUCAAUUUUCUCAGCAUUCAUCAUUGUGCGUCAUCUGGUACUUCAGUAAUAUGGGAUAUUUUUUAUUUGGAAAUGUGCUGGGGUAGAAACUAAGCAGUUUACCUAGAAACAAUACAGAAAUAAACUGGAGAGUAGUGCUCAAAUAGUUCUGAGGUUCUGAUCAUGAAUAGGAUUUUUGAUAGCUUGGAUAUAAUCAGAAAACCUUACGAGUUUUGUAGUCAUGAGUGAUACUUAAAAAUUGCUGAGCUGCUAUGUAACGUGCAAAAAUAAUAAUUAAAAGCCUAGGACUUGCUUACUAAUAAUACGCCAUGUUUUAGGAUGCUGUUUUUCCAAGGUUGUGUACAAGUAAUAUCAAUGCAUUAAAAAAACCAAAAAACAGUAAGUAAUAAUAUACAGCAAAUCAAAAUGAUACCUUUUACUAGUCAUUUAGUAGUAGAUAGCCCUGUGAUGGUGGGGAAGACAUCCUAGCUGGAGCAGGCUAUAGAAACUUACACAUGCCAACAAGUAGAUCUUAAGAUAUAACCUAAUAUCUGGAAAAUUAAAACCUCUUUCUGAUCCUAGCAGCUGCAUUAUCUUAUGUGACAAGCAGGGUGGUGAGUUAUCCCGCAUAAAACUUCCAAAAUGUCCCAUUAAUAUAUUGAAAAUACACUUUGGGAAUGAAGUAUUUUUAAUAUCUGCCCUGUCUUGUACUCCUCUUCAAACCUAAUGGAUCUGAAAUAUUAAUGGGUGUUACGUGUGCAUCUUGAAACCCUAUGGGCACUUUAUUAUUUCUACCGAGUGUUUGCUCUUCCAUGUUAGUGAUGGCUACUGCUUAAGAUAUGUUUUCUGAACAAUUUGUCAAUCUAGGUGCAGUUUUGAAGGCAGCCUUCUAAAACUGAGCAAUAUGGAAGAGGAAUUCAGAACUGAUGUUCCAUCUCAUAUAAGUGCAAACCUUGAACCACUUGUUGAAGACAUUGGCACAGUUGCUCUUCUGCCAGAAUCUGAUGCAUGUCUUGAAGGAAAUUAUACCCACCUCCAAGAAAUGACUCCUCCAUUCACUCAGAAAUGCAUUUCUGCUUUACCUCAGACAGCAUCCUCUCCAGAUGUCAUAAUUGAAGAAAUCAUUGAAGAUGAUCAAGAAAGUGAGUAGAACUUUCCAACCGGUUGCCAGAGUUGUGUGGCUAAUUCCCUUCGUUUUUAAAACAAUAUUCUUACAAGAACAUAGCAACCUGCUCUUGAUGCAUUGUUUUUCUUACAUAGGCUGCAGCUGUACAGGAUCUACCAAUCAAUCAGUACUUUAUUAAUGAAAUCAGUUAUUACAUAAUUGAUUUCAUUAAUAAAGUACUGAUCGAUUAAGUGAAGAAGCAUAUUUUAAAGGCAUGUUUGCACAUUCAUUGGUGUGUUCAAAUCAUUUCUCAGAAAUGAGCACCAAAUCAUUUCAGAAUGUGCAUGUCACCCUUUCUGUAACAAUACAAACUUAUUAAUUUGUCCUGUCUCAAAAUGUUGUUUUUCAGUAGUGUGCAUAAAUGUUCCCUAUGAUCUUCCUUCACUGUUACAUUGCCUUUCUUACCCACUCUGUACCACACAGAUGCUCCAGAAUUAGUUUUUGUCAGCAGUGUUCUAAAUCCUUGCCACUUCUAUGUUCGAAAAGUUUCACAGAAGAAAGCAGCUGUUCGUUUGGAAAAAACUCUGAGGCAAUUCUGCAAUCAUAAAAGGUCCUACCCUAGUGACAUUUUGGAACUAGGUAACAACACUUCUCAAAUCUUUUGACGAAUAAUGUUUAUAUAAUUGCAGAGUUUUGUUUUUUAUUCCAGUGAGGGGGAUAUAUAUUGUGGGUUUUACUAAGCAAAGCAACCUUUUAAUAUGGUAGAGUAGAUGUCUGCAGUCAUUUUGGACCCAGGAACUCAUUUGGAAAUCAGUCUCUUGAGGAUACCACCAAAAAAUGGCUGCUGUGAUAGACUGCCUAAUCUCAAAUGUUCCUCUCAAUGAGACUAUUUUGCAACAAAUUGUGUACUGAAACAUAUUUCAGGUUCAAGAAUCUUUGUUAAAAGCAAGGAACAUGGAAUGUGGUGUCGUGGAAAAAUCAUUGAACUGAUGCCGUUGCAGAAGACAAACGAGCUGAAACCCCGUGGUCCAACAAAGUACAAAAUUUGUGAUAUAGCAAUGAUGAAAAUAUUCCUUUUGGACUUUGGGCAUAUUGAAGCUUUGAUUAUUUCAAGGUAUGCUUUUUUGCCUUUAUUUGCCUUAUGCAGGAGAAUUUCAAGACAACCUGCUGUAAAAACAAUCUUCAUAAGGCAGAAAUGAACAACAAUAAGAGUGCAUAAUUUGCUCAUUUAAUUGCUGAUGUGAUUCAAAUAGUGUUCAGGCAUUAAUAUUAAAAAAAUCACAAGCUAGCUAUCUGUUAACUGCAUGUGGUGAUGUGUAUUUUGCAUGUAGGUUCUCCGUGAACAUGUGAUUCUUCUACAUCCAUUCAUGGUAGAUGGAUUAUGUAAUCUGGGUCUGUGCAUAGAAUCCGGUUCUUCCUCCCCCACCCAAUUAUUGAUUAAAAUAUUUUAACUAGGGCCAGACUACCAUAAAGCCAGCUAUAGGGGAAUUUUACAAAUAGACCUUCCUGCCUUCUUCAUGUAGGCCCCAGUUCAUAUUCCAGAUUGGGUGGUCCCAUGCCUGUCAGUUUGCCACGCACAAAUGAUAUCAUGGUUUCUGCUUGUUUAGGGGACAUGUAUGCAGAACUACAUUGGUGUGUAAUGAGAGGAAAUUGCAAAUCCCCACCCCCACUCCAAUGACUCCAGGAUGAGUUCAUUGGCUUCCCUUGGUUCUGACGUUUCCAAAUUGUUUUUAACUUCACGUACAACAUACUGCAGUAGUCUUAACCUAGGGGUUAUCAGUUGUAUGAGCCACCCAACAGCUUGAUUAUUUUGCACAUAGAAAACCUCGGGUUCAAUUCCUGAACAUCUCGCGGGUUAUUACAGAGCUCUGUCCCAUCAUCUGAUCCAUUUAACUGAAGAGCCGUUGUCAGAGUAGAUUAUAGUUGGAGCUGGUCUAAAACAACUUAUUAUAAAACUAUCUUAAUUAGAGCAGAUAGGAAAUAUUUUGCUGAUUUGCUUUUUAUGAUCUCUCUUGAAUAAUACAGUUCAGUUGUUCCCAGUAAAGCAUCUCUUAAACAGAAAACUUUUUAGACUUAAAAAAUCUGCCUAUUGAUGUUGAAGCAUUUUAUUCCAAGCUUAUAUUGAGAAAUAAUAUUUGUUAUCUUCUCUUUCUGCCAUCAAGCGUACCAAAUAACAUUGGCAUUAAUCCAGAACAUAUCACUCUAGAAUAUAUAGUGACUGAAGACUUUUGCUUGGUUGUGAAGAAACCUGACAUACAUAUAGAGGCACAACUUAGUGGUAUAAAUCAUUUAGCACUACAGUGCUCCCUGAAGGACAUUGUUCCCAAAGAUUCAGUAAGUAAGAACUAUAUUGUCUGGACUUCUGCAUUCUUAGAGAAGUUAGAUAAUAUCUUUUUUUAAGAAACAAUUGAAUGUUCAUAUUCUGACUUUUCCUGAUUGAGAUGGCUUUCCCUUCCUUCGUAAUGAUGUAAUUCUUGUAUUGUACUCAAUAAAGAUAAUAACCUAAUGUGCCUAACUUUUUAGAACAGUGAUCAGCAGACCUUUUCAGCACUGUCCACUGUCCCUCAGAACUUGUGGGGGGGCCAGACUAUAUUUUGAGGAGGGGGAAAUGAACAAAUUCCUAUGCCCCACAAAUAACCCAAAGAUGCAUUUUAAAUAAAAGGACACAUUCUACUCAUGUAAAAACAUGCUGAUUCCCGGACCGUCCACAGGCUGGAUUUAGAAGGCGAUUGGGCCGGAUCCGGCCCCCGGGCCUUAGUUUGCCUACCCAUGUUUUAGAAGAUUCAACCUUUCUUCUACACAGAUCAUUCCUAUUUGUGAUUGCACAGAAUACCCAUUCAAAGAACAGUUAUGAGUAAACAUUGCUAGUUCAAUUUGGAAAAAAAUUAAUUGGUGUGGUAUGGUGUCUGAAUUAUUAUUUUAAAAGUCUUGAUGUGUUUGGAUGCCAUGCAAUGUACAUAACAGUGUGGUUAAGUCCUGAGUUUUCUUACAUAUUGGGUAUUUAGUAGUUCUUGGUACUGUACUUAAAUCCUAAAGUCUGCAGGUGGAUAGGAUUCUGAACUUCUCUCUCCCCCUGCAAUAGGCUGAAGGUUGGAGCAGAAAAGCAAGGACAGAAUUUUUGAAAAUGGUAAAAAACAAAGCUGUUCUAAUGAAAGUCUUCAGAGAAGAGGAUGGUGUGCUUAUUGUUGAUCUGAUGAAACCACCAGCAAACAAAAUAAGUAGUGACAUGCCUGUAUCUCUCAGAGAUGCUUUAGUUUUUAUGGACUUGGCAAGGUAUAUGCAGUACAAAGCAUUUCAGGGUUAGAGAUAAAAUAGGGUUAUUUUUUAAAAUGUGCUUAAUUAAAACUAAUUCCUCUUGAAAUCAUGAAACACACUUUAGGUGAGUGUGAUUGUGUUGGGGGAGGUUAUGUCUGCUAUAAAGACUAGAUUAAGAUGAUAACAUCUUAUUUUUCUCUGCUGCUGGUAUGAUUAGCUGCAAAUGCUUAAUUACUAAAAUUCUAGAUUGUUCUCUCCAGUUGGGCUUUCAGCCACUUUAUUUUUCACAUUCAAACUGAAUACUAAAGCCGUUCAGGUGCCAAGGUACGACUGUAUUCCUUUAUAACAGAGAGCAAGAAUUGGCCACAAAUUGACUAAAGCCCGCUAACUGUUAAAUACCACUAACCUUUAAAAAAAAAAAAAAAAAGAUUUGGUGUAGUGAGGGUGAGAAUGGAGAAUCAUAGAAUUGUGGUACUGGAAGGGACCUAAAGUCAGUUUUCGCCAUUUUUCCAUCAUCCUGUUUCCCUUAAUCUGUUCAGUUUAUUUCCCCACCUUCCAGAGUGGAUAAAUGUCUUAUGAUUCAAUUUUUUAUUUUAAGAUGUAAAUGCUAUGUUUUUCUUAAGAUACAGUAAUACGAAAUCUGGAUAUAAGCAUGUUAGCCCCAUAGUUUAUAUCUUUAAACUGAUCAGUGCCUCUACCAGAGACAUGGAAUUGAAGGCGGCGUCUCUGUGUAAAUGAAGUCCGAUCCUUCCCAAUAUCUGCAUAUCCUACUCUACCUGCCAAAUAAUGGCAUUUCAUUUCCAUCUCAUGAAAUAAACUGCUUGGGCUUGCCCAGUAACUUUCAGACCUUGUUCCUACUUACCGGUCAUGGGCAUUUCGUUUUUGUUUGCUGAUUUGUUCUUGUGGGGCUGCAACUGGGCGAAGGCAGAGUAAAGCAGAAAAGGGCAACACUAGAAAGUCAGGAAAGAGGAAACAGUCGGCUGUGCGUGUUCCUAUAUUGUCAUACUUUGCCUGCAGUCUUACACACAAAUACCGUAUUUUUCCGUCUAUAAGACGCCCCCAUGUACAAGACGACCUCUAUUUUUUAACCCAAAAUUAAGAAAAUGCACUAUGCGCUAUCCAUGUAUAAGACGACCUCUUAUUUUAAACUUCAAAAUUUAGGAAAAAAUACAGUCUUAUACAAGGGGAAAUACAGCAUGUCUUGCGCCUUCUCAAAUGUGUUUCAAAUGCAGGUCAUUAAAUUGGUUCUGUGAAAUUCAGUGGAAGCCAGUGCUUUUUUUCAAGGGGUGCUCAAGGGUACACAGUAUUGGCACCUAUUUUCUUUUUAUUGUUAAAAAUUGUGGCACUUACUGUAAAAACUUCAUCGUGAGUAAUGGCACCUAUUUUUCUAGAAAAAGGCAGUGGUGGGGGCCAUAGAAAACUUCCUCUUGUGGCUGACUUCAGCAGUUCAUUCUAGAUUCUUACUUUACUAGGUUUCGUGCUGAAGUUUCUGAUCAACCGGAAAACAUUGAAUUCCUGCAGUACUGGGCACCUGCGAUACCAGAGGAAAAUACAGAAGUCACCAUUGUUGUUAGUUAUAUUACUAGCCCAGGUGAUUUCUACAUUCAGCUAGUAAGUAUUAUUCAGUAUAUUUAAUUUUUGUGUUGACAUUAUUGAAAAUGCUUCCUGAGAUUUGUAUGAUAUGAUUUGAUUUGUUAUUAAUUUUGUUAUUAAUGGAAAAUUGAUAAAAAAUAUUUUACAAAAAUAAAAGAAAUGCUUCCUGAAAUGCUUUACACUUUCUAUUUUGGAACAUAAAUAGAUAAGUUUAUUGCUGGAAAUUGGGAGUAGUAUGUUUUUCAAGUUACCAUUUCAGAUGUAUAAAAUACAUUAAUAGAUCUUUUUCUAGUGCUUGUUUUAUAUAUAGAUCACUCGGAACCUAGAUACUUUUUAGCUCUCUGCCUUGCUUUUAUUGGGCUCUGAGAGGUUCUUGUGAGAUGUUAAUGGGGAUGAUGAGCCCAUGUGAUGCCCUCCCAAGCCCAUUAAGCAAGGCAGAGAGCUUAAAAACUCUUGCCGUGCCAGAAAAUCUCGGCAUGGAAAGAGCUUAAGAGCUCUCCACCUUGCAUGUGAUUAAUUUGCAAUGUCAACUGAGCAAGUCUCCCAUAUCAGCUGCCUUUUCUCAUCUAUCUGAUAUGCAUCUUCAUGCAUCAGUCUGGCUUCAGUGUGUCAUGUGCUACUUUCCCCAAUUUCUUCAGCAGAUGUAAAAUCGAGUACUUUAGGUACAGAGUGCAUCAGUUUGACUUUCUGUGUGAUGUAACAUUUAGUAAGAGUGUGUUGGCUGCAAUCCAUAGGGAUUAAUACUGUUUCCGUUGUAUUAGGUAGAAGAGGGUCCAGAAUUUGCAGCUUUUCUGAGCAAAGUUGAGGAAGUAUAUAAAAAUGACAGCAGAGUUGGCUUGGAAAUUCUCUGUCCGGUCCAGGGUCAACCAUGCAUAGCAAAAUUCGAAGAGGAUGGAGUUUGGUACAGGGCACAGGUUGUUGGUAAGUAACUGUAGUAUUAGGUUAGAGGACUUUUGUUUUGACGCUUCCCCCACCCCCAAUAAAAUCACCUCUAUAUUUUCAAGACACCUAUUUAAUUCAUUUUCUGUUUUAAAUGAAUGCUGGUUUUUCCCAUUUCAUUCUCCCACUGUGAUUUCUUUUUCUUAUGUCCAAGUAAUACACCCAUCUUUCCUACAAUGAAGCAGGGUUUAAUAGCCACAUGGCUCGACUUUUCUAGUUUGUGCUAAACCAUAGGUAGGUUGAAGUUGCAGCAAAAACAGGCAAACGAUGGUUCACAGUUGAGCUCCAAAUGAGAAUCUGAAACCCACUUCAAAAUUUAGGUUUUAAUUCUGAUCUGUGGGGCAAGCGUUAAACCGUGGUUUGCCAUUUCGGAUAUGGGGUGCCGUAACUUGUUCAUUAACAUGCUACUGUUCUUAGUUUUUUAAUAGAACAUAUAAAACCAUAGAUAUUUUUUACUGAAAAACAGGUUAAUGAAUUCUCUUUGUUUAAUAAUGUAAAAGAGCAUCUGACUCUUGUGUGUUGAUAUUGCCAUUAUUAAAAAUUGCCAUGUAUGCAGUAUUUGAUGGAUGGUUUUGAAGGAAGUGAUGUUGAUUUCAAAGUUUGUGUGUGGAGCUCAGAUGGCAUUACAUGUAUCUGCAGUAACAUCGCUCUCCUUAAUGCUGCACCUCAAUCACCAAGGUACGGCUGGACUGAGACUGUUACUGUUGUAGAUGUACACAAAUGUUUCCUAUAAUUUUAUAAUGUCCACGUAUCAUUGAUUCCUAACCGCAUAAUGUUUUCUAAAGGAUUGCCAGGCCACCAAGAAGUUGAGGUUAAAUAUGUUGACUUUGGGAACACUGCUAAAAUAAAUGUGCAAGACAUGCGUAAAAUCAAAGAUGAGUUUUUAGCCCUCCCAGCGAAGGUAAGUUAGAACUGCAUCCCGCAUGAGGUAAAUCUAAAUAUGCAGAAUGCCGUGUAUUCCUGACAAAGCACCUUCUACGCAGCUUGGAGUUCAGUUCCUAAUGCUUGUGAAUUAUCUCCUCUUAUAAAGUGUAAUUCUGUGUCCACUAAAUUCUAACAAUGUGAUAAAUGUAAUGGGUAGAAGUGAGCCGUGUGUCAAGCUUUUCUCUAAGAAUCUCUCUCCCCUCCAACGCAUGCAGAGCCAAAGAAAUUUGCACACAAGUGACAUGUUUUAAGAGCAGGGCAAGCUGCUGUUGUGCGAAAGGUAGGCACCCUGUGUCUCAGCAGUGGGUCCAAUAAUACUUUGUGCUAUAGCAAGAAAACACUACAAGAGAUGCUUACUUAAUUGUUGCCUAGAUUAGAGAUUGCUGGGAGCCCUGUGUAAGCACACUGAAAUUUCAUUAAAGGAAUGAUGGCAUUGAAACUAAAUAAACAAAUUAGGCUAUGUUUUAUAAUUUAGGCCAUCAGGUGCAAGUUGGCCCAUAUCACACCAAAUAAAGGAGCAAAUGAAUGGAGUAGUAAAUCAAAGGACAGAUUUGAAGAACUAAUUCAAGAUAAAUGUAUGCUCUGCUUUAUUAUUGGUAAGUGUUCGCCUGUCUUGAGUAACUUAUUCAGUAAUUGAGAGCCAAAUAGAGUUGCUGGCUCAAAAACCAAAUCGUCCAUUAUCACUCAGUGGACAGCAACUUGAUAGGGAUAGUGCCUCCUAUCCAGCCUGUCAGGGAACGUCUCAAUUUCUCCUUGGGAUAAGUACCUUAAUGAUGUUAGGACUGCUUGCUGCUCUGGUCAUUGGUGUAGGACUAUUUCCCUUUCCCUACCUAAUUGGAUUAGCUGGGUGGUCAGCUAUGUCCAGCCAGCAACACCGGGGCAGCUUAUUCCCAACCCGAUCAAUGGUUUUCCAGUUGGGAGGAGGGGCAAGUAUUUGGAAUUCAGCCAUAAAACAUGCUGGCUAACUCUUAAGUCACAAAAUAAAAUUCCUUCCAGUAGCACCUUAGAGACCAACUAAGUUUGUUACUGGUAUGAGUUUUCGUGUGCAUGCACACUUCUUCAGAUACUCAAAAUGCACACAAAAGCUCAUACCAAUAACAGACUUAGUUGGUCUCUAAGGUGCUACUGGAAGGAUUUUAUUUUGUUUUGUUUUGACUACGGCAGACCAACACGGCUACCUACCUGUAAUCUUAAGUCACAGUAUCUGAUUAACCUACAUCACAUGACCAUUUUGGUGACAAAUGAGAUAAAAUUAUUUGUAAGAAUAUGGAGCUUUGGAAAUUUCGGAGGCUUUCAGAACACUUUAAAAAAAAAAAUCCAGUUUUUUAAUGCAGAGACUUAAAUUAUCUGUCACAUAAAUAUACAGGCACUACAUUUUAUUAAGUAAUUGGUUUUCUUUGUUCCUCACCUUUCUACGUAACUUUUUAAGAUAGCAUACAAAAUGCAAAAGCAAUUAAAAAUCACAGUAGGUAAAAGCAAUAAAAUCCCAACAUAAUGAAGUAAAAUAAAAUGGUUCGCAGCUAAGACCUUCAUCGUGCCGCCUCCUUUCUCCAACACUCGUAGCUAAUUUUUUUCCUGUGAUAUUUUGAACUUAAACCUCUUUCAACUACCUCUAGAAAAAUCUGAAGACAAUAUACUGUCUGUUGAGCUCUAUGAAAGUGUAUGUGUGCCACCAAAGGCAUCUUGGAGUGUUAACAGCCUCUUGGUUAAUGAAGGUCUGGCAUCUUAUAUAUUAAGGUGAGUGUGCUGCUUCAUUAACUUCAACACGCUCAUAAUCUUUUUGCAACUUCUGAAUUCGAGCAGCCUCAGUGAAGUGUAUGUAAUGUCAUCUCAGGUAGUGCUUAAAUGGCUCGGCUUUGAGAUGUGUACAAACCUAGACUCAUGAUUUUGUCUCAUUCCAAACAAACUGAACACUAAGCCAAGAAACAAACCUUGGUUCACAGCUCAUGGUUCAUUUUGGAGCAAGACAAAUCACACCACAAGCCCAAGUUUGUGCAUAGCAAGGGUAGAGUGACAUUGUGGUGAUUUUUUUAAAAUUUAUUUUUACUGUAAACCAUCACUCUUGCUUGUUUACACUCAGCCAUGGUUUGGCUUAAUGUUAAACAUGCCAACCAGGUCUUUGUUUAAAACUUGUUGGUCAUGUUUUGUGGAGGGCAUUUCUGCUUCUAUUUGUCUGAUACUGGCAGAUGAAACAAAAAACUAAAUAAAACCAAAUUCUACAGUGACACCAAAAUGAUUACCGAAUCACAUCAUGAAGUUUGGGAUCCUACUCCAGAAGAACUAUUCAAAGCUCAUGGAGAUAAUUUACAGCCUGGGAAUGAAGAGUCGGUACCGUUUGAAGGUACAAAAUUAGAUUGCAGCAAAGAACUGCAAGUGCGAAUUAGUCACGUUGUGUCCCCAAGCAAGUUCUACGUGCAUUUGAUGUCAUCAGAACAGAUUCUGAAAAGGUAAGUUCUUUUUCCCACUUGACCUGGGUCAGAGCACUUCAUGCUUUUUGGUUCUUUUCAUUUUUUACAAUUGUUGUUGCAUAAUUUUACGUAUUCCACAUCUCCUGCAGGAUGAUGAUGAAAAUAGCCAUUAAACUAAGAAAGGAGUCUUUGCUGCCAGUGUGCCAUGUUUUUUCCAUAAAAUAACCCCUGAGGACCACAGAAAGUCAUCAGAAUGUUGUGUCAUUCCAGGGACUUGCUGUAUUUGUGAUUAAUGUGUACCAGUGGCAAGACACCCAGCAUGUUGGCCACUUCCGAUUGUGGGUGGCUGGCACGCCAAUGCUUGAAAGUUAAAGACAGAGAAAUAUUUUACAUAGAUGGAUUAAUAAAUAGAAUAGACAUACACAUGUAUGGGGACAGGAAAGACUUGGUCCUAUCCUCAUGCAGAACUGGGAUGGACCAGAUUUUUAUGGUCCUUUCAUCCCUUUACCUGACAUAAACGGUGAAAGAAAGCAACCAACUCUUUCUGGCCUGCUCCUGCCUACUCUGCGAAGGGAACAUUCAAGCUAAGUGCUCCGUGUUCUGUUUGGACAACGUGCUCAAGAUGAUGGUGGGAGUUCAGCUACAAGCAUACUAGGAGCAAAUUAAUUAUCUGGAAGAAAGGAUGAAAGGAAUGCAGCCCUGGUUAUGGUUUAUGAACUUAGUGGUUUUUUGUACCAUUGACCACAGUGUCCUGGAGAACCUCUGGUGAUUUAGGGCUGGAGGCAUGGUUUUGCAGUGGAUUCCACUCUACCUGCUGGGGGUGGUUUCUGAAAAUAGUAAUGGGCUUUUUUGCUCAGCCACGUGGAAACUGACCUUCAGGAUUCUGCAUGGUUUGAUCCCAACUCCCAUGGUAUUGAACAUCUGUAUGAAGCUGCUGACAAAAAUGAGUUGGAGUAAAGUAUCAUCAAAUAUGCAGACAACAUGAAAAUUCCCCCUCUUCCAUCUGACUCGGAAGAGGCGUUAUGGGCUGGUUGUGGGUCGGUUGAAACCAUACAAAACAAAGUUGUUCUGGGUUCUUGGAUACUGGAUUUGAAGAGGUACCUUGUUCUAGAUGAGGUUGGACUCCUCUUGAAAGAGUAGGUGCGUAGCUUGAGUUGCUCCUAGAGGCUAUAUUGUCACUAGAAGCCUGGGUCGCUUCUGUAGCUAGGGAUGUCUAUUCUCUGCUUGAGCUGGUUCAUUAGCUAUAAGUUUUCCCAAACAGAGGGAGACUAGCUGCAGUGGACGAUUGCAAUGUGUUGUUAGGUGGUGCUGCCUUUGAAAAAGGUUCAGAUGUUGCGAAAUGCACCGUUGGUUAAUGGGCACCACUGUCUGGUUUCAUAUAACAGAUUCUAAAAGAAUUGCAUUGGUUGCCAAUUUAGGUUCUUAUGAUGACAUAUAAAGAAAGCCCUGGUCAACUUGGGGUUUAAAUAUUUGAAAGAACGUUUUGAGAUGAGUCCCUUCUUGUGCUACUGCUGCUGAUUAAGGUCCAUGGGGUGGAAUGACAUCACAUGUACAGUUUUAUUGAUGCUUUAUGAUUUCAUGUUUUAUGAGUUCCCCUUUAGAAAUAUUGCUAAUUAUUUUGUGUUAAUGUCAUAUUUGUUAAAGUCCUUGGAACUAAAUGGUGAAGCGUGGGUUCUAAACGCACAAAGCAGAAGAGAUUGUGCAUUAUUUUCAAGACUGGAAAAUAAUGUACAGUUGUAAUCCUAACAAAUAAAUUAUUGACCCUACUGUAUAGAUCUUUAGCCUUUAGAAAAGUAUGUUUCUUUCAGCACAAUACUGGCAAUGUAGAUUUGAUUGUCUAUUUGGCUACUUAUAAUAGUUUACAGGAAAAGAUGGCAGCCACUUACUUGGAAUCAGAAAGAGAAAUAGUUGAAUGGAAAAUUGAUAUGAAUUGUGCUGCUUAUGUACAUGAUCUGAAUCAGUGGCAGAGAGGCCAAAUCCGCAGGAUUGUUUCAGAAAGUAAACUUGAGGUAAAUGCCAUUAUAAAAUCACUACUUUAUGUAGAUAAGUAUCACUGCGUUCAUUAUGACUAGGAAGCACUCAUUUAGUGAUUUAAUAUGUGGAAUUUAAUGCAUUCUUUAUCCUAGAUAAAAACUUAACUUAUUAAUCAGUUAAACAGGCUAAAUGAUGUAUUACUUCUUUUGAAAAUGAAUGAGAGAUUUUUGCAGUAUCAUAAUGAGGUUUGUACUCUGUAGCCGGCUAAGAGAAGUUUCCUAACAAAGCCAGCCAGAGUUUUGUAGGUCCGUGAUAAGUCUAAUUUGGGCUAUUGAAGAACUGUAUUUUUCCUACACCUGUCUUUUGCAGGUGUUCCUCAUUGACUUUGGCAUAACUAAAACUAUAGAUCCUGUCUCCCUAAGAGAACUUGAGCAGAAUCUGAAGAUGCACAAGCCUCUUGCAAUGGAGUGCUCACUAACAGACAUCAGGUAAAGUGUCCGUUUCAUUCGGUUCUGGAACAUGCUUCCUCCCAUUCUGCAGGUGUUGCAGCGGUGUUGGGAUUUGAACUUGGGCCUGAAGCAGGGUGCCCAAACCUGUAUCUCCUAUACCAUGUGUUCACAUGCCAUGUAGAAGCACUAGGAGUGGCCAUUUCCAGUACUCCUUGGGCAGCAUUUGUAUUUGUCAACAAGACUUUGAAAUUUCUCUAUUUUUAAAAGAAGGAAUGAGACUCAUUGGGCAAUUGAAAAACAUAAUGCUUAAUCGAACUGAUGCUGUUACAGACGUUCUGCCUGCCGGAAGAUCUGUGUCCUCUCCAGCAAUUGUAUGAACAAUAGGGGAGAGGGUAGCAUUUGAGAGGAAAUGAUUUUUAUUUCAUUCCUCCCUAUGCAUCUUGUUUUAGACCAGCUGGUGGGACUGAGCAGUGGACAGGAACUGCCUGUGAUGUUCUUGCACGUUACUUAACUGGAGCUGUGGUAAACCUAAUAAUACAGGUUAGUAGCGUUAUAGGCCUAACUUUAGUAGAGAGCUUUGUAGUAGUAAAUGUCUGAUUUACCAGUGCAAGUUUUUUGGGGGGAGAAUUGUAACCUCUUUGUACAACUGAAACAUGGAGUAUGUAGUUGGCUAAGAUACUGGAACGUGUCUCUCUAUUACUUCGGGCCCCCAAGAUUCUGUAUGGAUGGAGACUUGGAAUAUGCCUUAGCUCACACAACCGUGAACACUUCUCUCUAGGGAGGAAGUGACAAAAUGUAUGUGUGGUUCUGCUUUGUUAGAACUAGAAUUGGCCAGUAUUUUUACUAGCUUCUCCCUGUAGUGAAAAGAGCACAAUCUGGCUGCUGUGAUAGAAUCCAGUUGGUUAAGUAAUGACAACGAAUCAGGUAGUUGGCUAAGAACACUUCAGCCAACAUCAAAGUCUCCUUUGGAAACCAUUGAGUUUAGUGAAAACUUGCCAGCUUAUGUUGAGGGAGCGGGCAGAUCAUUUUAAGGAGACGUUGGCUUGUCAGCAAGCCCUUCCUGGCAUAAAAUUUCCGGCGUUUAAUUUGUGAUUUCAACCGGUCGGCCACCAAGCGUGUAAAGUUGAAAUUGUGCAAGUAAAAUGCACCUAAGUUAUGAGCCUGCUCUACAAGCAAAUACUUUGGUUGGCAUCCAUCUGUUUCGAGAGGCAAUGGAGGAGUGUGCCUUUGGGGUAAAGUAACACUGUUGGGAGGUUGCAGUUGACGUUCUGCAUCCCAGAACCCUUCAUUUGGGGUUGGUCACUCCCUCCUGCAAGAAAGGUUAUGGCUGUGUCCAAAUAUGCAAGAUAGCUAUUGAUGAUUCUAUCUGGUUUAUCUGCAAACAGGGUGACAUCUAGGCCAGUGUUCAAUAUCUAGCAAAGAGUAUUGUGCAGAGAUGUCAACAACAUUAUCUUCAGUUGUUCUGUAUGAUGUAUGUUAAUAUCCUAGCUGUAAAAACAUCCAGGAAUACAAAUUAUUGUCUUAAGUCUGGAUGCCAGUACUUGGCUUUCUAAUUGCCUAUCCCAUUGAUUAGAAUAUGGAGGGUUCCCAAAUUCUGUCACUGUACUUGCUCAGGAUGGUUUAAAUGAGGCCUGGUGGUGAAGGGAACACAUUUUAAAUAAACAGAAGAUGCCUCAGUUCUAAACAUUUCUCACUAAUCUUCACCCAAUUGGCCUUUUAAGAUCUAAAAUUUGAUCUUGUUUUGUUACAUGUUUUGUGUUUUUAUCUUACAUUUUUAUGCUGUGAACUACCCUGCAAUUUACAGAUGAAGGGCAGAAUACUAAUUUAAUAAUACUAAUAGUCUACUCAAUUCCUUUCCCAUUUAUUCCUCAAUCUGGUAAUCCAGUACUACUACGGUCCAAUCAUAAAUACAUAUUUUUGGAAAGUUAGCCAUACUCCUCUCACAGAAGCUUGUGCCUGUUUACAAUUUCAUUUACUAAUAUAUAGAAGUUGUGAACUCAGCACAAAUAUCUAGGAUUUGUUGCAUUUCCUGACAUAUGUCAGUAAACUAGCCGUUCACUGUGUAUUAAUUUGAUGGUUUGGCCAGUCGCUGCACACUGAAGAACCUUGUUUCACUUUAUAGUAGUAAUACAAAACCAACAAUAGCUGCCUUUUCUUACAAGAAGUAUGUUUUAUCCCAGGAAAGUAACACGUCACCUUUACCUGUGAAAGUUUUUAGCAAAGAUGGAGGGCUAUAUACUGACAUUUCGGAAUACAUGAUUAAAGAAGGUUUGGCAUUUAGAAAAAGAAGGUAUGCAUUUUUCAGAAUAUUUAUGCUCUUUUGGGUGCUGGAUGUCUCCAAGUGAGUUUAGCACUCCCUAUCGCUUGAAGGCAGGAAAUAGUGUGACUUCAAAGGAAGUAUUUAGCACUUCCUUCCUAUUGAAGCCUAAGUUCAUUUCCUUCCUUUGUUCAGAGAAAACCACUUGGGCAAAGCUAUCGCCUGUGGCUUUAGACAAUACAAGAGCAUUGUAAUAACUGAGUUGCUUUAUAUAAAAAAGCUUUAAACAUUUGAAAUGAACUAUAUAAAGUGAAGUAUUAUUAUUUGUUACUUGAAUCAAGUUUAAUGUUAGAAGAAGAAGAAGAAGAGUUUGGAUUUGAUAUCCCGCCUUUCACUCCCUUUAAGGAGUCUCAAAGCGGCUAACAUUCUCCUUUCCCUCCCUCCCCCACAACAAACACUCUGUGAGGUGAGUGGGGCUGAGAGACUUCAAAGAAGUGUGACUGGCCCAAGGUCACCCAGCAGCUGCAUGUGGAGGAGCGGAGACGCGAACCCGGUUCCCCAGAUUAGGAGACUACCGCUCUUAACCACUACACCACACUGGCUCUCAACAUUAGUAAUGUUACUAAUUCCUAACAAAGCCAACAGCUGCUAGCACCUCAGACAACCAGACUCGGUUUAGUUUAUCAAUAGUAUUAAGGACUAAUUAGCACUAGAACUCUUUAAGAAAGGUAUUAGAGGGUAUUUUUCACCAAGUGUCAUCUAGCUCUUUGGAAAAGCCAGAUGGAGAUAAUUUCUUCAUGAUGUUGGGUGAAUGAUAGGCAGGUGGUCUUACCCACCUGUCAAAGUUGCCCCAUGAGUAGGUAAGUUCAGGGUCAGGUCCCCUUAGUAACUUUCCUAAGCUGCAGAAUUCAAGAAAAGAAUUGGCCUGAAAAAGUCUUUGGGCUAGAAAUAAAAUUAGAGCUUGAAUGUUAUUUGAUUCCUUUACUUGCUGACAUAUUUUCUGUUGAAGCUCCCUUAGAGCACCUAGUACAACAUCCCUUGAGAAGCUACCUGACACGCCCUUCCAGCAGGAGAAUGUAGACGUAAGGCAAUUGCUUGCAGACACAGAAUGUACACCAACCUCUUCCAAACCAGAGAAAGACGCUGAUCCUUCAAUCACAGAUCACAAAAAGCAAGAAUUGAAGGUCUCUUUGACUUGCCCUGUAACGGUUGAAGCCUACAAACCACCAGCUGUCCCUACCUCACUCGUCUUCAGUGCUGUAGUCAGCUGCGUUUCAGACACGGGAACUAUUUAUGUGAUUCCAAAGUCACAAGGUAAAAGGGGAAAUGUUGUACAGCAGUGAUGAUACGCAAUUGCAGCAUUAGUACACGAUUUUCUUAACACUUGAUUUUUACUGAUUUGUAUCAAUAAAAUACAACACAAACCUUGCAAAACAACAUAAACUGAGCUGUGCGCCACAGCUCAACAGCAUAGCAGGAAAAGCAGCCAGAGUUGGAUGCAGAGAAAGGAAACAAACUUUGAGACUAGAAACCAGAGUCCCUCCAAAAGGAGACAUUGUUCGCCAAAGAAUUUUAUCUCAGUACUUGCAUAUAUAAUAAAUUGGAACUGUGUUGCUGAGAACUUGUCUGUGUGUAUUUCUCCCCUAGCUUUUCUACAUUGUUAAUUUUUCAGCCAGAGCCAGUUGCCUGACCCUAGCACACAAACUAUUAAUUGAACAGCCACUCAGAUCCACGAGUAAGCCAUGAUUUCAAGUCUGGCAGCCACUAGGAAUUUGAGUAUCAAAUCUUUUAUAUGACACUACUCAUUCUAAAGAGAGGGCAGCGGAAUAGGAUCAAGUACUACAAAUUGCUGGAAAAUGAAGGGAGUACUACAAAAUGCUGGAAAAAGGAAGUCUGCACUAUUGCCUAGACCAGUUUUCCCCAAACCUGGGUCUCUAGCUGUUUUUGGACUACAAUUCCCAUCAUCCCUGACCUACUGGUCCUGCUAGCUAGGAAUGAUUUUUCCCAAGUAUGGGAAACUGGCCUAUGCCUUCCAUAAAUGAAAGAGGGUGCCUUUAACUGCACCUGCUCCAGCAAUAGUUGUGACAAAUUUGGAUUUAUAUAAUUGAAUGUCACAGGAGUCCAUUGCUAGCCAUGUGUUAGCUGUAAACUGGCUUCUCUAAUUUCUGUUAUGAUCCCUAUCCUAGUACUUUGCACAAACGUUCUGUUAGUUAACAGUCAGUCCUAUUUUGUACAUAAUAAUAAUUACUAUUAUAUACCCCCCAUCUGGCCGGGCCUCCCCAGCCACUCUGGGCAGCUUCCAACAGGAUAUUAAAAACGCAAUAAAAGAUCAAACAUUAAAAACUUCCCUAUACAUGCAGUUUGCAAAUGAGUACCAGCUUUUUUUAAUAAUAAAAAACAUAAUGCCAGUAUAUCAUGAAGUAAUUUAUAUUUAGAGGUAGCAUUUUUACAGUAGCAGAGGCCGGUCUAUUCCAUGGAAACAGUGAAGAAAGAGGCCCCCCCAAAAAAUCCUUCCCUGGGAGAAGGAUUGCCUCUUUCUUGUCUGUUUCUACUUUCUCUGAACUAGAGCAACCUCUCCUAAAGUGUAAAUAAUGCUGCCACUCAUACCUCAAGGAAAUUUAGCAUUUUAUUCAAAUACAUUUUAUGUUCCAACUCUUAAAUUAUUCCGUUAAGCCAUUAUAUUGAUACUCCACUAUAUGAAUAUAUGGAAUAUAUGGAACUUGGUUGAAAAUGAUAAUAUAAAUGGCUUUAACAAAGCUCCCUUCUUGCCAUUUUUCUUCAGAGCAGCAGCUAAAUACACUGAUGAGCGAUAUACAGAAGAACUUCAAAUGUCUAGGUCUUUUGGAACCCUACAGUUGGAAAAAGGGAGAAGCUUGUGUUGUAAGAGCAGCAGAUACAUUGUGGUAUCGAGGGGAAGUUUUGGAAGUUGGCUGUGGCAUUACCAAGGUAAGACUGGUGUGACAAGAAUUGCAUUCCCUUGAUGGGGAAGAACAAAUGCUCAGUAGCUGAGUAUCUGCUUGGCAUGCAGAAGGACCCUAGCUCAUUCCUAGCAUCUCCAGGUAGCUCUGGGAAUCUCUCUUGCCCAAAGCCCCGGCUAUCUGGUGUUAGUUGGUGUUGACAAUACUAAGCUAGAUGGAUCACUGGUCUGGUUUGGGAUAAGGCAUAUUCAUGUGUUCCUAUCAUGGCCUCUUAGUAUGAGUUUUGAUUAGAAGUAAGGGAGGUUUGCUACCACCUUGCCACAUUACGUAUCAGGCAAGUGUAGGAGUGGUCAUUAUUAUUUUCCUUAAGCCCAGCAGGAGUAAAGAACGUGGUAGAAUGUUCUGUCUGUAAAGCUCUGAGUGUUGUUUAAUGAGUGAUUUAGAAAUUCUAUAGAUGAAACAAAGGAAGCUAACAAUGGGAGAUCCAGCAGAGAACACUUGAGUACAGGCAAGCCCCCAUUUACACAGGGGUUAUGUUCCAAGGCAGCACACGUUUAUAUUUGAAACCCCAUUGAAAUAGCCUGCAAAUGCCCUGCCCCCUUUUUGUGACUUUUGGGUCAUUUCCAAGAUGGGCACAGUUGCACAUACAUUGAAUGCACGUUAAUAUGAGGGGAGGUUUUGCCUGUGAUUCUUGCAUGUGUCCUGAUAAAUUUGUGUGUUAAUAAAUAGCUUCGCUAAACUAUACCACGAUUCAUGAUUUUGUAAUCGAGGUACUUACUUCCUUUAAAGCAGAGGUUCCCAAACUGUGCGUGAGCUGCAGCAUGUCUGUGAAAAAUUCAAAUUGUAAUACAGUAAAAUAUAAUAUAAUAAAAGAAGCAAGAAAAAUGCAAUUGAGACUCAUCCAGCAUAGUGCAUUGCAAUCGCUACAACAGGCAGAAAAAUAAUUAAGCAGCCCAGCAGUUUUCAAGUAGUCCAUGGUGCUGGGGUGGGUAGGUAGACAUGACUACCUUAAAGAGACUCAAUAGCUACUUUUCCCCAACAGUUAGGUCAUUCCUGCUUCCCAAAACUACCUCUAGGGUAAAAAAGGUGAAGGAUGAGUCUGUUGUGCCUGGCUGGCAUGCAUUUAAAAACAGAAUAGAAUCGCAUCAUGAAAGCUUGGGAAUCAAUCUAUUGAUUUUGUUGCUUUUUGUGUAGGUGCAGUACUUGGACUAUGGCUAUAUUGAGAAGAUUCCUCAAUGUCAUCUCUAUCCAACUGUUUUGUAUGCAGACAUACCACCACUUUCCAUACCAUGUCAGCUCUAUAAAACUAUACCUGUGAGUGGAGGCUGCAUUUUGAAAUGUACUAAGCACCUGGUCUUGUGAACAGGGAGCAAAGAAGCAAUUACAUAUGCUAUGCUUGUGCCUUCAUAAGUUCCAGAACGCUUCUGGAUUUUCUGCAAAUGGAAAAACUGCUCAAGAGAAAACUCUUAAAAGAUUGCGCUAAAAGGGUGGCAGACUAUUCCGCAAAGCAAUGUAUUAAAGUCGACGUAUCACUUUCCUGGCUUAGUCUAAGCCAUGGCAUAUCAUGCUGUAGCAUGGAUGUAAUAGUCGCUGGACAAUGUCCCAGGCCGUAGCAACGUAAAGGGAAGUUUAGGGAAGUUUUUAAUGUUUAAUGCUGUAAUGUGUUUUUAAUAUUCAGAGUGGGAAAGCCAGCCAGAUGGGCAGAGUAUAAAUAAUAAAUUAUUACUAUAUCAUCAUUAUUACUACUACUACUACAACUAAAGUUGGGCUUCAUGUAAGGACUGAAGUGCCAUUCACUAGCCUAAGGAGAAUAGAUAAACAGGAGAAACUAUGAACAUAACUGAACUUUGAAGAAGGCAGGAAACCAACAAGAGCAUAAUGGGAGCCCAACCCAUUUCCAUAGUGUUUGUUCCUGCCUUGCUCAGAAGGUGGAGCAAUAACCCAACAUACCAUUCCUGUUAGCAGAAAGGAAAUUGAAGUCUUGUCUGCCAUAUACAGUACUUCCUAUAACAUGGAAGGUGCUUUCCACAAGACAUUUUGGCAUGUGAAGCAGAAACUAACGUUCGGUUAAAACAAACUUAAUUUUUUCCCUUAUAAUGCUGAAACCAUUCUAAUCUUCAAGAUAGGGCCAGUCCUGAGUGCUUUUACAUAAUUAGUGAUGUGCUGGUGAUUUUUCUACAUUGGUUAUCCAGGUUGGAACUGUUUGGCAGCAGGAUGCAGUUGAACUCCUUCAAGAACUACUUACAAAAAGGCUCGUUGAAAUAAAUAUUAUGGUAAGCAUAAAAACAAAUUGUGUAAGUCCUGCUUCUCUUGCAGUCAGUCCCCUACCCCCAACAACAAAAAUUGUUUUUGCCAGUGGAUUUUGUCGGAUCAUUCCCUUAGACUUCCAAGAGCAAGCUGCACGUAUUUUGUAUUUAUUUCACUUUCAAAACCAGUUAUGAUGUGGCAAGUGCAUUCCUGUUUGUUCUUCCUUGUUCUGUUCAUUUCUAAAAUAAGAGAUGGGGAGGACUUUACCAUAAUAUGAAAAGAGGCAUGUAGGGGAGGAGAAGUCAGCCUUCACACUUCAUGAUUCAGGUAUUCUUAAUUUACUUCUGGUAAUAGAACAGAGUCUUUGGAAGUAAAGUAAGAUCCUGUGGUAACAGAUGGUGAAGGGAGAGGGUUCCAUUCCCUUUUCUUUGUUCCUUUUUACAGUAAGCCCACAUCUUACACUUUACUUACAUGUGGAGAGUGGAGGAAACCAAUUCCCUGUUUAUUUAUUACCCCUCCCCCACACCUGCACAAAGCUGUGGUCCACAGGCUUACCUGGAUUUGGGAAGGGCUCUGGCAGGGUCUCAGCUCCUGUCAACCUAGCAAUUCAAAAGCACACCAGUGCAAGUAGAUAAAUUGGUACCACUGCGGUGGGAAGGUAAACUGUGUUUCCUUGCGCUCUGGCUUCCAAGACGGUGUUCCGUUGCGCCAGAAGCGGUUUAGUCAUGCUGGCCACAUGACCCAGAAAGCUGUCUGGAAAAACGCCAGCUCCCUCGGCCUGAAAGCAAGAUGAGUGCUGCACCCCAUAGUCGCCUUUGACUGGACUUAACCGUCCAGGGAUCCUUUACCUUUUACCCAGAGCCCUCCCUCCCAAAGCUGAACAAGCACUUAGUAGGCUUUGGGAUGGAGGUGCAGGGACUCUAGGACCCUGCUGCAGCUCUUGCACCGCCUUUCCAAAGCUGAACAAGAAGCAUUGGGGGUGGGUCCAAAGAUUCCUGGCUUACCUUGGAACUGAACCCUUGCAUAAGAUGCAAGCUUACUGUAUUGAAAUGUGAAUAUUAAUAGUCUUUGAAUCAAACUGCUGGGUUACUAAUUACGAAAUUAGGGAUGGUGUAAGACACAGAGCUACAGAACAAGCCAUGUUAUUAUCAAGAGUGAUAUCAGGCAAAUAACAGAACCAUAAAAUGUUAGAAACAAAUAUGAAAAACAUUAGGAGGAAAUACUCAGAAAUAAGAUAUAUGCCAUUUAGUUAGCAAUGGAAUUGUACUGUGCCAGUUUUCUAUUCUUCCACUCAAGCACUGAUACAUAGAAUCACGAACCACAAACCUGUGAUGGUUGUUCUUGGUGUAUCUGUUCUUCAGGGUUCUGUGAGUAGCUUUGUUCUGUUCAGCCAUAGGCCCACUUUUUGAGGUUAAAACAGUAGCAGAAAUGAUAAUGCAGUAAUCUUUUGCCUGGCUUUAACAGGAACACUCAGACAACCCAUGGGAUAAAAUAUCUGUUAAACUCUGUUUCUCUGGAAUGUCGCUCUCAUCUUUCAUGGCGUACCAUAAACAUUGCAUUAGUGAAGAUGAUGAUGGUCACAUGCCAAAACUGGUAAUCUUUUCCUUCAGCUCUUAAGAUUCAUAUAAAGCUUAACAUGGGUAUGUUAUUUAGUGUGGCUAUUUUUCCUGCAGUUCUUCCAUGUCAUAUCCAGUAUUUUCAGUUGGUAGUUAAUACUGUUGCAAUGGCUGGCAAAUCCAACAGUGUAAUUCCUUAUUAUAGCCAAAAGCAAUUUGCUACCAAAUGCAAGAUGUAUGUAAAAAGGUAAUAAGCUCAAAAUUAAGGGUAGUACCUCCGGUGGGGGACACGUGCUCCUGGGGGUAGUUUGUCCACAUUUGGUUCCCACCCUGCAGUUAUAAUAAGGUAUUAAUGGUUUCGUUUAAGGGCUUGUAUUGUAGCUGCACAAGUGCAUUAUGCACCAGAUUAGCCCUGAUUUUUUGGCAUGAAUUAUUUUUUCCCAGAGUGCUAGAUUGCAAUCCAAGGGAAACAACUUCUUCCCUUUUCAUAUGUUCUAGGAUAUAACCUAUUGCAGUGAAGAUCAUUUGGAGCAAAACUGUGAAAUCAGUCAUGAGGUAAAUGUUCUGCAGGCAUUAGCUUGCAAGUCAGUUAAUAUACUUUUAGAAAUUAAAACAACUUCUUCCCUUUUCAUAUGUUCUAGGAUAUAACCUAUUGCAGUGAAGAUCAUUUGGAGCAAAACUGUGAAAUCAGUCAUGAGGUAAAUGUUCUGCAGGCAUUAGCUUGCAAGUCAGUUAAUAUACUUUUAGAAAUUAAAACAACUUCUUCCCUUUUCAUAUGUUCUAGGAUAUAACCUAUUGCAGUGAAGAUCAUUUGGAGCAAAACUGUGAAAUCAGUCAUGAGGUAAAUGUUAAAAUAUGUCAAUGGAUUUCUUGGUUUUCAAGCUAAUAAUUAGCUUGAUAAGGUGUUGAAGCCAGUUUAGGGUCUCCCAACUUUUGUGACUCCAGCCAGCUACUAACAUCCAUUAUAGUUUGUUUUGAGUGGAUCAAGUCUGUAAGGUUUUUGCGGUGGGGGAGACAUUGGAUCAGUUCUAAUGCCUUUCCUGAAAGUAGGUUUUGGGAUAAGGGUGUACAUUAAGUGUGCAGUGGUUGGUGAUUAGCCCAAAUCGGACAUCUUCAAUGAAAUGCAUCAUACUGCAUUUUCCCAGCAUUUUAAAACGGCACAGACAAACUCUAUUGCUUGCUCCCCCAAUAGCACACCAAUCUGAAUAGUGAGUCUUGCACAGAAUAGUCUCCAUGACAUCACUGGCACCAACUUUAUUCAUGUGCACCCAAGUUGCAUUCCUUGUCAUUCUCUGUGCACAGCUCAUAUUGCUGCUGCUUGCAUCUCUAGGCACAUAAAGAUUUCCUGCUUCCUCCUUUUUUCUAGGAGUUACUGAUGUCUGAAGUAGAUACUCCCCUACUGCCACCCUAUACCUCGCCAUCGCUGCCUGUUCUUGGAGAACUUUUUCCAAUUAAAGUAACACAUGUUGUGUCACCUAAUGAGGUAUCUUGGUGAAGUAAAUAUUUUUGCUGUUAUCGGGUCUGUUGUAAUUGCAUCCUUUCACAGCAGCUCAUCCUGUGUUUUAGAACUUGAACUUGUGAGAAUUAGGAUCCUUCAUAAAUAGUUACAUCCAUUGUUUGAGAUGUAUAACGAUAGCUUUCGAAGCAUGAGGUAAGACUGCCUAAGAAGCUGUCUAUGGUUUAUGGGCAAUUGCUAGUAUUUCUAGUUUUGAUUCCAUUCAGAUAGACAAAACUUGGGAGACUGGUCCAUCCUGUAUGUUGGACGAUGCUCUCACUUCAAGAUCUUUGAUAUAUAUUUUUGAUAUAUGACACCAAUUACUGUGCCCUAGGUGUACAUUACCAUUGAUCAGCGAGACAGUCCCAACCAUGAAGAUGAUACAGAAGUCAGUGGGGACGUUGAAACUCUAGACCAAGCCUUGAGACGGUGUAAUCAGAACUUGGAGUCCAUCCCUUUCCUAACUGAUUUUCGGAAAGGUAUACAGUCAUACCUCGGGUUACAGAUGCUUCAGGUUGUGUUUUUUCGGGUUACAGAUCACCGAAACCCGGAAGUACCGGAACGAGUUACUUCCCGGUUUCGGCGGUCGCGCAUGUACAGAAGUGCCAAAUCACAACCCACGCAUGCGCAGACGCGCUGCUGCGGGUUGCAGACAUGCAUCCCGCAUGGAUCACGUUCACAACCCAAGCGUCCACUGUAUUAUUUCUUGGUAAUUUGCAUUUAUACAUUCUGCAAUUGAAGGUGAAAAGUUACUUAACUACUUUAGAACAAAACUUCCCUACAGUCUGCUUGCAUUCAGAAUCAAAUAAGAGAAAACAGACUUAUUUAUUAAAUUUGUAUACCGCCCUGUAUCCAUAGAUCUCAGGGUGGUUCGCAGCAUAUAAACCCCUGAAAGCUGUUCAUUUAUGCUUGUUGCUAUAAAAAUUAUACAAUGAAUUUUCUGAGUUUCUGCUGAACUUCAGAUAGUGUAGUGAUGCUAGUACCAUGAGGUUGCAAUAAUUUAGCUGAAGCAUCACUAAUCUUGAAAGUAUCUCAUGAUAAAUACUGGGCUCCAUUAAACUAUAGGAAGUAUUUAUUAAAAUAUAGUAGGGUGUUUUGAUGUGUGGUAUUCUGUUCUCCUUCGGGUGUUGGAAGUCUCUCAAGUGGGUUUAGCUGUCACUCCACUUCUUGCAGGACAUCAAAAAAACCAGAUCGUGAUAACUGGGAAAGGGGGUGACAGCCAUGGAGUGUUUCUGGCACACAGUAGCCAUCUGCAAAACUUUUAUCUACAGUUUAUCACAUCUCAUAAUAGUAGAGCUAGGGAGCCAUCCAAUGAAGCUGAAUGUUGGGAGAUCAGUAGGACGUAGAAUGCAAGCCUAAAUCUAUUCCUUUGGAUAGUUUAAUUUAAUGCCUUCCCAGUUUUGCUUAGCUAAAGGUGAUCCGCAAUGCAAUAUAAAUGGUUAUAGGAGAGGGUACCCUUUUUUCAGCUGGAGGACUUCACUCACCCAUGAUCAACCCUUUGCAUAUCAAAGUGGGCAUGGUCAAAAACCCUUUUUAAAAAAAGAAUUGGUACACAUUUGGGGGCACAGAACCUUUUGGUAUCACAGUAGAGAACUUAUGAGAGCAGUCAAUUUUAAAAACCUCUGCAAAUUAACUUUAUUUUAAAAAAGCAAUGGGGGUGCAUAAAACUUGGGAGCCAGAUCCAGAUUAACCACCCAUGUUGCAGCAUUGGGUGCUGAAAUUUAAACCGCUUUUCUCCCUUCGUUAGACAUGCCUUGCCUUGCAAAGUACAGUGAUGGCUUCUGGUAUCGGGCAAAGCUCAUCUCAAUUCAUGAAUGCAAUCCUCUUUUGAUUAUGGUGGAAUUUGUUGACUAUGGAUCCAGCGAAACAGUACCCACAAGCAGGUAAAUCUAUACAUUGCUCAUGUAUUAGUGCAAAUUGCUAUUCAAGACAAGUGAAACUAUGAUCGGACAUUGGUCUCUACUGAAUAUACAUAUUAACAUCCUUUUACCACCACUUUGCAGCAGCUAACAAAUUGCUUGUGGCCUGUCAUCUUGAAUAGUGUUACUCACCGACUUUAAUUUUGCCUCAGGUUACGUCAGCUUCCUCCUGAGUUCAUGCAGUAUCCUGCUCAAGCGUUCAAAGUUCUGCUGGCUGGAUUUAAACCAGCUUUGUGUGAGUCACACACAAAAAUUCCGUAUUCUUCCGAAUGGAGCAUGGAAGCAUUGUGGACCAUGAUAGACUGCUUCCAGGGGAAAAAUCUCUAUGCUUCUUCACUGGUAAAGUCUUCCCUUAUUUUAUCCCAGCCAACUCUUCCCAUCCACAGACUUAACUGUAACUUCCCUUUCCCACUUUCAGUAUUCAGGUGGAAUUUUAAAAGGUUCCUGUUCACCUGGACAUCUGAUGGCUGAAAUGUUUUGUUCCUGGCAACCUUGAAAUUACUUAGCUAUCAGGAUAUUUGAUCUUUUAAAAUGUUUUUAAAAGAAAACAGUAUUAUUUUGCAGUUUCAUUGUUUAUCACCCUGGGAUCCUUUGGGUGGGAUAGGACUGCAAUAAAUAAAUACAAGUAACUUGCAACUUACACAUAUUUAACUUGUACACAUUCAGCUUUACGUUCUUGAUUUUAAAAAAAAUAAAAGGGGGAGGGUGUCUGGGGGAAAAGAACAGCACUCCCACCCUCCAGUGAACCCAUUGUAUUUCGAACUAUACAAAAGAUUUUGGCUUUACACACUAUCCCUGGAAUGCAACCCCCAUGUAAGUUGAGGGUCUCCUGUACACAAAUUAAGUUCCAAGGCCAAUUUGAACCAACACUUCAAUUCUUGCUAUCUCAUUCAUAUGAUUUCCUCUGAAUGAUUUUUAGAGGACUUUUUCAUUCAUAAGGCUUAUUAUUCUACGACCUGCUGUCCAUACCACUGGAUGUAUCUCAGCUGCGCUUUCCUGUCCCCUUCUCAAUCACUAGCCCCCCCAAUCCUCCACUACCUUUUCCCAUUCUGGACAGGUAUUUGUUAUCUAUGUACCUUUAAAAAAAAAAAACUGCAGGCACUGCACUAAGCAUAAAAGUUGACAACUUUAUCCAGCCAGCCAGUCAUGUUUCACAUUGGACAAAAUGAAGAUUUGUGCUGGGGGGGGGGGGCCGUUAUACCAAUUUCUACUGGUUAUUUUUUAAAUUAAAUACUAUAGUCUGUGCAAGAGUGAUAAAUGUUGCCUGUAAAACAACAUUUCCAUAUUUGGGGCUUUUUGUGAGGCGGGGGGUGUCAGUAUUCUCUCAGAACACUCUUUAGUGAAAGCCUACAAUUCUGUCUUGGAAUAGUUUCAUCAAACUCACUCCAGCUGUGUGCCACCCCUCUAUAAUGGAGUUUUGCUUAGAAAGCAGACAAGAUUUGGAUAGCCAAGAACAGAAGUUUAGAACUCUCAUCAUUGUAUAGUUUUGGAAACUCUAAUACGUACUGAUUCUCAAAUGUUGCCUGUUGACAUUGGCCGUAUAUCUUACUUGCAGACGCAUUCACCAGAGCAUACCGUGUUUGUAUAUGAAGAUGGGCACCUAGUUCACAUGAAACUAGUAGAAAUGGGAUUUGCUGAAUUAAUUUAGUGACUGGUAAGCACACUCAGUUUUAUCUAUUAAAAGCUUUUUUGUCCUACUCUUCGACUUUAAAGGGUCACAAGGGAGCUUGCAGAUCAGUAGAAACACAAAGACUGCCCUUGUCCUCAAGGUUACAGUCUAAAAGAUGCUAGGAAAAAGGAAAAAGUAAUGAGGGAAGGGAAAGGCUGGCACUUUUAGUAACGUUGCAGUUCUUACGGUCACUGGCUGGGAUGGAAAUAAUCCAUGUAACUUGGUGGAAUGGCCUACUAUUGGUUGUCAAAUGCGAAGAACCAGAGAUUAAUAAAACAACUGCUAGAGAAGUAUCUGAAUUUCUACCCUUCACCAGGAGGUCUCAGGGUAGGCAUGUAAAGGCACCACUGAGUUAAAACAUUGAAAACUCUGCCACUCACAAUCCCCAAACAGGAAUUGCAUAGACAUAUUUGUAUUUUAUGAGUUUUAAGAUGGUUCAUUUUGUAGUCUCAAUAAGAAAAUAAAGGCUUUAAAAAAUGAAAAAGAUUGUAUCGAGAGGGCAUUUUUAAAAACAUAGCAAGAGUCCUACUGGAUCAGGACGCUCUCGUCCAGCACUCGGUUCUCACUGUGGACAGCCAGAUUCUGAAUGUAAGUGUGCUCUCCCCCCACCUGCAAAUACCAGCAACUGGCAUUUAGGGAAAUACGUUCUGAAAUAAUUUGGGAAAUUGUUGCAGAUUCUGCUUAGAAGCAGUAGGCAAACUGUAAUGAAAAAUGGACAACUUCAACAGGUGUCCAGAUUUUAAAAUUAUAUACCUGCAUUAGUAACUCAACCAAUAGAAUUUUUGCAUGCCAAUUUGUCAUAGAACAAAGAGUAAGUAUAACUAGCAUUUUAAUAAACAGAUGUUGCCAACGUUUUUGGAGCGAAAGACACAUUUUGAAUUUUGAGAGUGCUCAAGGUGCCAGCCACACAGUGGCUACUAUGGGGUGUAUGGCUUAACAAAAUGAGAGUUUGGCCAUGGUGAAGUUUUUCCUAUAAUUGUAUUUCUGUACAAGGGUUAAUGUGUUAAAUUUCUGCUUAGAAAAUAAAAGGAGGAAAAGUGCAUUAAAGGGGCUGAGAAAACAAGCUCUUUAGGAACUCAAGCAAUUCAUCAGUCACAGCUCUGACUUAACUUGCUGGUGAAAAACAGAGACGAGCAGCAAGACUUGCUCAUUUCAUGGAAAUUGCUUAGACAGGUGCUUGCAGAUUUUGCUUCAUAUUUUGCUUAAGAGGGAUAGACACUCAUCUUAAAAUAAAAGCUUGGAGUCUGGGCCCCUGCUAGGAAUAGGAGGGAAGAGAUUUGAAAGUCUAAAAAUGCAGCCAGGGAAAGGUUACCUCGAAAGAAAUGUGACCCUCAGCCUCAUCUCCUGUCAGAAUUAGUGCAGCAAAGCAUGCAGCAAGUGGUGAUGCCAGUUGCCCACCUUGGCUUUUUGCUAUGGGAGAGCAUGUAACAUUUUAAUACUACAACAUCAAGGCAAGACUUGCAGGCUUUGAAAUUUUGUUUGUUUUUCAGAUGCAGAUCAUUAGAUGAAAACAAUACCAGAAUAAAGAGAUUUCAUUUGGAUUUGUUACUGUUUGUUCCCUGAUAAGUGGUUACCUUUUUUUUUGUUGCAAGUUGAAGUACUUGCUUUGUGCAAGUACUAAAGGAUGUUCAUUAAAAAAAUUUCUUGAA